UAGACUUCGUGGGAAACGCUAGAGAUAACGUCAUUUCCGGGAUGCAGUGUGGCGGAAGUUACUGGAACUUGCGGAAGGAACUUUCAGCAGCUUUGAAGCUUUUAAUGUUUACAACGCAAGUAAAGCCUAGAAGUCUUGAUUUUAACGGUAUCAGCUCUGUGCUAUGGCGAUCCUUUUCGCUGUGGUAGCUCGUGGAAACACAAUACUCGCCAAACAUGCCUGGUUUGCAGGAAACUUUCUUGAGGUGACGGAGCAAAUUCUGGCAAAGAUUCCAUCUGAAAACAACAAACUAACCUACUCGCAUGGCAGAUAUCUCUUCCACUACAUCUGUCACGACCGAAUUAUCUAUUUAUGCAUCACAGAUGAAGGAUUUGAGAGGUCGCGUGCAUUCAGUUUCCUGAACGAAGUCAAGAAACGUUUCCAGACCACCUACGGCUCUCGGGCGCAGACGGCUUUACCCUACGCCAUGAACAGCGAGUUCUCCAGCACUCUUGCUGCACAAAUGAAACACCACUCAGAUCCGAGAAGUUCAGAUCGGUUGACAGAGACACAGAUGCAGGUGGAUGACCUGAGAGGCAUUAUGGUCCGGAAUAUUGAUCUUGUGGCACAGAGAGGAGAGAAGCUGGAACUUCUCAUUGACAAGACUGAGAAUUUGGUGGACUCAUCUGUCACUUUCAAAACAACGAGUCGCAACCUGGCUCGUGCCAUGUGUAUGAAGAACCUGAAGAUGACCAUCAUCAUCAUAAUUGUAUCACUUGUGGUGCUGUACAUCAUAGUAACAGCAGCAUGUGGAGGUGUGACUUGGCCCAACUGUCGGAGCAAGUAGGAAGCAGAGCUAGAGCUUCUGCUGUCACGCUGACCGACCUGGAAGGAAACUAAACCAUUAUCUGGUGUUCCUGAUCUCUCUUCUGUUAAGCCUGUCUCUCACAGCUGCAGGCUUUUUAACAAACACACACACACACAGACACACACACACACACACACACACACACACACACACACACACACACUCACUCACUCACUCACUCACUCACUCACAAAAGAGAGAGCCUGGAAAUUAAACACUCUUUCAAAUCCUCCAUCUUACUCCAGAGUAACUCGGAGUGUUCCGAUCGAGUCAGCGGAUGUUUGCGACUGUGAUUUCUUCCCCGGAACAUUUUCUUUUAUCCCAUCUUGUGAAGCAGUUCAGUUAAUGACGAACAUGUAUGUCAAGUUCUAACAUGUAACCUUUACUAGCAAGGCACAAUUUUAUGCACACACACACACACACACACUAGUGAGGUGAAGAGUUGAUUUCUUUUCAGCUCACCACACACUAGCUCAUUGAUCACAACGUACAGGUAGUCCUACUCAGUAGCCUAAUGCAUAUACCAGUGUUCAAAAUUCAUCUCGCACAAUAAAAAUAAAUGAUGUUUGUUAUGUUAUGUAUAUGUAGCUGACAAUAAAUACACUGUAUUAUGAUCGCUAUGAUAUAUGUGCUGAUUUGGGAAAUGUAAAAAUGCCGCUUUUAGUUCGAGUUAGUAAAUAUUUGAAAUCCAAACAAGAAGAAUCAGUAUGUGUAUAAAACUCAAAGAUACAGAUUUACAGUUCUUUCCCUCUUAGAAGAUAAAUAACUAAUGCACGGUUCUAACAUGGAUCGUGGUAUAAGUACCACAUCUUCAUGUUUUUUAACAGAAAAUUAUAAUCCAGACCUAUACAUGUGCUCAAACCUUAAAUACUGUCACAGUUGUACAGGCCAUAUGCUUUUUUUAAACGUGUACAUAGAUAUCUAUUCCAUACUGAUCUGCAGUAAUGAGUUCUCUAAGUUUAACAAAACUUUAUCUCAAAGUUUCUAGUUUUACUUUUGCUCAAACAUGAUCUAGAGAUAAUGUAUAAUAUCCUACUUUCUAUUUUUUAUUUCUGACAGAAGUGAUGUACAUUAUGACACAUACAACUGCUCUUCAGGUCAAAGUUCACGAGUUACCCACAGUUUGAUUAUGUAAAUGCCUCGACUCAUAUUGAGCUCAAACGCAGAUGUACAGUUCAUACACGAGGAGUAUUUCACAAGAGACAUUAAGGACUAGUGCACUGGUGAGUGGGAGGAGAGUUCAGUCUCCCUGGUUGAUUGUUACAUAUGUGUCAAGUGAUUGUUUUUCACCCAGAAUGCACUUUUUUGUUUGCUUUUCGCCAUAAUGAUGUGAUUAUUAUUAUGCCAAGAAUUGUGGAAUUGUUUAAUUAUUCAUCAAAUUGAAGAGAAUAAAGUUCUAUCUGAAA